UCCCGCCACGACGCGCCCUAACUGCAAUUUCCAACUCUUCUGAAUUUGUUGUCGGCUGUUUUUAAUCUUUCCGUAGUUUUGUGAAUAUUCGAAAACAAAAUCUAUCGAUACCUUUUAUUCUUUUUUUGCUCCAGUCGGUUUGAUUAGAACGAUACUUUUAGAAAUAACCAGUUUAUCCUGUUGGUUAGGUUAGAUUUAGAUUAGUGAUUGAAUUUGAUUAGCAAUUAGUACAUUGGAGUGCUAUAAAAAAAUAUGGCUACUGAAGCACCGGUCAUAGGGAUCGAUUUGGGCACAUCAUUCUCAUCAGCUGCUGUGUAUCAAAAUGGAAAAGUCGAAGUUAUACCGACCAAGGAAGGACAUAAACUAGUCUCGUCGCAUGUAUUUUACCAUCCAAAGAAUCUGGAAGUGUCAGUUGGAACUACAGCUGACCACCUGGGAAUAGAAUAUAUUAAUAAUUUUAUAUACGAUGCCAAGCGGGUUAUUGGUCGAAAAUUUGAUGAUGUUUACGUCCAAAAAUUGAAAAACCGAAGCGAAUACAAGUUCAAUAUUGUCCGGGGUGAAGACGAUAAAGCAGAAUACAGACUAAAACAUGAUGCUUUGACGGUACACAAAUCACCGGAACAAGUUAGUUCUGAAAUACUCAAGUACCUCCGCGAAUCAGCUAGCGAGUACCUUGGAGCUGAAGUUACUGAAGCCGUUAUAUCCGUCCCAGCUCACUUCAGCAAUGCGCAACGAGCAGCAACCAAAGCGGCAGCAGAACUGGCUGGACUGAAAGUACUGAAGCUGAUCAGCGAACCUGUAGCAGGGGCCGUCUACUACAUGAAAGAGAAGCACGAUAUCGAAGGUACGCUUUUGGUGUUUGAUAUGGGAGGUGGAACCUCGGACGUAUCCAUCAUAAAAGCCAGCAAAGAAAAAUUCGAGGUGUUGAGUGUAGAAGGAGACACUUUUUUAGGCGGCAGAGACUACGAUAACGUAUUAUUAGAUUAUUUUAUAACAAAAAUAACUGAACUAUUUGGUCAAAGGUAUGUCACUCCAAGGCUUACAAGGAGCUUAAAGGAAAAAUGUGUUGUACUCAAAGAAAAACUAUCAACACAAAAUGAGCAUUCUCUAAUUUUAGAUUGCAUUAGAAAUGUGAAUGAUGACUUUCAUAUAUCUUUAACCAGGAAUGAAUAUGACCAGUUAACAAAUGCGUUAACUGCUAGAGCUUUAAAUCUUGUACAGAAAUGUCUCGCUGGAGUAGGACUGUCAAAGGGUGAUAUAAACGAGGUUAUUCUUGUCGGAGGAAUGACGAGAAUGCCGAAGAUUCGCGAAGACCUCCGGAUUUUUUUUGGCGAUAAAGAUCCAAAAACUGACGCGAAUCCGGACGAAGCUGUCGCAUUGGGAGCUGCGAUACAAGCUUCAGUCUUGAAGCAUAAUUUUAAAGAAUUGGAAAAAUAUAUCGUUGCUGAGGUAACGCCUUUAUCUUUAGGGAUUAAAGUUUCAUGGGGUCUGAUGUGCGUCGCAAUUGAGAAAAAUACCCCAUUACCGGCAAAGGGAUGUUUAAGAAUAUGCACAUUGGGAAAUGACCAAAAAAGUAUCCAAUCCGUAAUUUUUGAAGGAGAAAGAAAAAACUGUGCUUUUAAUACCCUUUUAGGUGAAAUCACUAUAGACAAUUUGCCCAAAGGAAAAGCUGGUGACGUAGAAUUUGAAAUAAUUUUUUUUCUUAAUAACGAUGGAAUUUUAGAAGUGGAAAAACGCGAGACGAGUACUAAUCAAAAGAAGAAAUUAACAGUUACAUUGGAAAACUAUCGCUUGUGUCAAAAGAAAAUUUCCGAUAUCAUUGAAGAUGCCGAAAAAAAUCGCGAUGACGAUAUUUUAUUCGAAAAAUAUAAAGGCACUUAUGGAAGAGUUUGGCGUGUUUAUGAUAAUAUACUUUAUGACAUAAAGCAAAUAUCUUCGGAAACAGAUCGAAGUUAUGUUGAGAAGAAAUGUGGAGAACUAAAGAUCAGUUUAAAUAAUUCCGUUCAUACAGAAAUCGAUAAGUUAAUACAAGCUUAUAAAAGUUUUCGAAUGACCACGGAAGGGAUAGUUAACCAGGCGAUUCAUAUAAAAUGGCCAAACUUUUCUUAAGUUGCACAUCUUUGGUUAUUAAAAAAACUAUUUUUGUUUAUACAGGGUCCGGCAAUAGUGCGCAUUAGCGUAACUAGCA